CAGCGCAGACACAGAGUGGGAUCCGGCUCAUCCAAGGGAAAUACUGUCGGCGCCCUUUUUUUAAAAAAAACAAACAGUUGUUUCCACGCAUCGCCUUCACCUCGCCGGUGCCAGUUUCGAUUCCGAGGGCUCGGCGCGGUUCUCCUGAGGGCAGCCCCGAAAAUGAAACCCAGCCGAGCCGGGCCCGGGGGGCUGCCGAGGGGGGCUCAGGGGGCUGCCACGGAGAGCCCGGGGGGCUCCCAAGCAGGGCUGCUAAGGGGGGCUCGGGGGGCUCCCACGGAGAGCCCCGAGAGCUCCCAAGCAGGGCUGCUACGAAGAGCCCGGGGGGCCGCCAUGGAGGAGCCGCGCCCGCCCGCACCGCCCCGGGAGGCGGCGGGGGGACGGGCCGAGCAGGCCGGAGGAGCUGUGCGGGCCGAUCCGCGCCCCAUGGGCCGCCGGGGGUUCUCCUGGGCCCCUGCAAGUCUGCUGGAAGUGGUGGCCGUGCUGGCGGGGCUGGCGGCGAUCGGCGGGCUCGCUGUUAUCUUCUACAUUGAAGUAGUUGGAGGCAAAAUGCAUCCUAAGGAGGUGGAAAACUACGUGGCAUCCAUGGUGCUGAGUGCACUCGGUGACACGCUGGGAUAUAACAACGGGAAAUGGGAGUUCCAGCUGAGUGGCCCAGUCAUCCACAGGGAGCUGGCAGAGAUGGGGGGACUGGGCAACUUCAGCAUCCAAAGCUGGAGAGUCAGCGAUGAUACCGUGAUGCACUUGGCCACAGCCGAAGCGCUGGUAGCUGCUGGGAAAAACCCAAGCUUGCCACAUCUCUACUCUCUGCUUGCAAGGAACUACAAGGAGUGCAUGAAUGACAUGGUGGGCAGAGCUCCAGGCUCCAUGUCCCUGGAAGGCACGGCGAAGCUGGAGCCGGGGCGGCCGGACGGCUGGCGGAUCCCGUUCAGCCCGCGGGCGGGCGGCUGCGGGGCCGCCAUGCGCGCCAUGUGCAUCGGGCUGCGCUUCUACCGCCCCGAGCAGCUGGACACUCUGCUCCGGGUCAGCGUGGAGAGCGGCCGCAUGACCCACCACCACCCCACCGGCUACCUGGGCGCCCUGGCCUCCGCCCUCUUCGCGGCUUACGCGGUGAACAGCGUGCCCCCCCAGGCCUGGGGCAAGGGGCUGAUGGAGGUGCUGCCACGGGCUAAAGCCUACGUGCAGGAGUCCGGCUUCUUUGUGAAGGAGAACAUGGAGCAAUGGUAUUACUUCGAGGAGCAGUGGAAGAAAUACCUGGCCGAGAGAGGCAUCUCGGACGGGGUGUCGUUGCCCAGGUUCCCCUCUGCGUACGGCGUGGAGGAGAGGGACUCGUUCUACGCGUCGCUGAGCUACAGCGGCUGGGGUGGCGGCAGCGGGCACGACGCGCCCAUGAUCGCCUACGACGCGCUGCUGGGCGCGGGCGGCUCCUGGACCGAGCUGGCUCACCGCGCCUUCUUCCACGGCGGCGACAGCGACUCCACGGCCGCCAUCGCCGCCAGCUGGUGGGGCAUCAUCCACGGCUUCCAGGGGGUGCCCCCCUCCCUCUACGCACACCUGGAGUACAAGGAGCGCCUGGAGAAGGUAGCCAGGGACUUGUACAGCAUCCUCUAGCAGGAGGUGAGGGGCAGCCCACAGGCAGGCUGUCCUGGGCUCGCUCGCUCGGUCUGUAAACCCACUGGAUUAAAUCUCAUGAAUCUAAGCCAGAGCCAGAGCUGCCUUUUCUCUGAGAGCUUCAGGCCUCCCUCACGGGAGGCCGCAUCGGCACUAGUUUGGGGUUGGUGGUUUGAUGGGAACAUACAGUGGUCCCCCAAGACAUCACUGCAGGGUGGCUGCACAUCGUCUGGUCCUCGAGAGGAGCAGGAGCACCCACUGCAGCCCUGCUGGUCAUGCUGCAGCAUGACCUCACUCAGGCUGCCCUAGACCAGCAUCCUGCCCCUACGAUGGGAGCAAGGGGCACAAACAGCCCAUUGUGUCUCGGGACAACAGAGCUUUCGUAGGAAAUUAUUUUAAUAGAGGAUAUUUUUUGUUUGAAAUGAAUGUGGAGAAAAACCCCAAACCUGACCUUAAAGCUGUGUGAGCAGUGCAUUUUACCCAAUUCCACACCACUUCUGCAAUACAGGUAGGAGUGCAUCGUGCUUACUUCCCUAUUUCAGUGAAUGUGGGAAUUCAAGACUCCUUCCUGACCAAAGCGUUACUUAAGGCAAAAGUGGGUAAUGAGAAUUAACAGGUUGCAUUUUACAUCAGCUUCUGCAGUGAAGUAUUCUGCUUUCAUCAAGCUUAUUGAAGGUAAUUUGCUUAAUAUUUGCUAUGCAUAAUUCUAUUGAAAUGAGGUUUUUCUUCAAAUCCAGACUAUACUAUGACACAGCAAAGUGCUUUUAUCUGUUUUCAGAACAAUUUCAAACCCAGUGUAUGCCAUUCAAUAAAAAGACCUGACAGGCCUC